AUGAAUUGCCACCGAAAAGGAGACAGCAGCAGGAGACUGCAACAGCAACUGCAGCAGCAGGAAACAGCAGCAGCAGGAGACAGCAGCCGAAGGAGACACCAGCAGCACCAGCAGCAGCAGCAGCAGGAGACAGCAGCAGCAGGAGACAGCAGCCGAAGGAGACACCAGCAGCAGCAGCAGGAGCAGCAGCAGGAGACAGCAGCAGCAGCAGCAGCAGCAGCAGCAGCAGGAGACAGCAGCAGGAAGAGGAGACAGUUGAAUCUGACUUGUGUUCUUGCUGUUGCUGCUUCUGGGUCUGCGAGGAGAAGGAAGGUUGUCUCCGCCGCCAGCCCCUCUAAGGAGACAGCAAAGGGGCCCUCUACACCUGUCUCCUUUCCUGAGUAUAUGAGGGAGACAGGAGAAGGAGCAUCAGCAGCAACAAGCCGCAGCACUCUAUCAGCAAUACAACAAACAGCAGCAGCAACAAGCAGCCGCAGAGCAUCGAUGAGGCGACAGCUAGGAAGAGAGAAACAGCAACACACAAAGUGGCUCGCUGCCAGCAGCAGCAAACGGAGACACUCCACCUGCGUGCUCCGCCCCACACUCGCGCUCCCCCAGAAGCAACGGGGGCCCGAGCUGCUGCUGCACAGGGGCAGAGGCAGCGGCAGCACCUGCAGCAGCAGCAGCAGCAGCAGCAGCAGCAGCAGCAGCAGCAGCAGAUAUGGAUAA